CCGUCCUUUGACACGAACACUACUCGUUCAUAGGUUCUUGGAACAAAGGUGUCUGAUCCCCACAAUGAUUUUAUCCUAAGGGGUCACUAUUCUGGUCUCAAAGACGAGACUUUCUUAUUGUCUGUGAUUCACUCAUAUACUCGUUAGGUUCCUUGUUCUUGCUAUUGUCACUCGCGAAUUUCUUCCCAUUGUGCUCCCGACAAUGAAUGGGCUCCCUCCUCAAUAGUUAUCGUUAUUUUACUUAAUAUUCCUGCUACUCUCGCACAGAAGAUUUCUUUCUUUUCUUAAUCAUAAAAUUUCCUUCGAUCUUUCCAAACUCUCUCAACGAAUCUUCUACUGCAGGCAGUAAAAAUCUACCAUAUCUACAAUCUUUCCAAGACUAAACCCAAUUCCAAUAAUCCAACUACAAAAUGUUCUCCGAAUCCAAGUUGGCCGGCCCAGGCUACAUCACGUUGAAUGUCAUCCGAGUCCUUAACGUUAUCUCACUCCUUCUGGUCGCGAUAGGAAGUUGGAUCAUGCUUGUCAUGACCGUCAAGACUUCUAACUUCUACUUCUUCGAUGGAGUCUCCCACUUCAUUACGAGCGUCAUUGCCAUAUUCCUCAUCGUCUCAGAGCUCAACAUCUUCCGUUCAUACUUUGCCCGUAACUGGCCAUUGCUCAGCCCUGAACAUGGCUUCGUCUUUCUUGGCACAUCCAUGAUCAUACUUGGCUUCAAUAUCUUGGGCAACCUGAAUAAGCCUGCCACGAGCAUUGCCAACCUUGGUCUUCCGCUAUGGAGAGUUGUGAUCUCUGGAGGCAUCCUCACAGCUGUUAUGGGAUUCUUCAACAUCAUUGCUACUUAUGUCUUCUGCGACGCCAAACUUGGUAUCACCGGACGUCAAGUACGCAGCGACGGUGCAGCAAUCCCUCAAGAAUCCACAAAGGCCUUCAGCAUGUCGAGUGGUUCGAUUCGCCGCCCCGAGUCUCCUCUUCCAAGCUACAACGUUACCGAAGAACGACGCAAAUCGCGCUUCCCAUUCAGACUUCCUAUUCGCAUGUCGAAGACUGUCUCCAUCUCGAAGCCAGUCAUGCAAGACCCGGAACAAUUCUCGAAGUGGGAAUCACGAAGCUCUCCAGUUGCGCCUGAGAUCCAACGUCCACCAACUGCUCUCCACCCCGCUUACACAAACCACGGAAUCGCUCACGACUACCCAGCCCCACCACCAAUGCCAGCCAGUACUGCUACUCGGUAUAGUGUGACCAGUCAAUACACUCAUCCGUUUGCUGAUGCAGACAGAAUCUGAAUGGGGAGGGGUAGCAUGUAAUUUGUUUAGAAGAGUACAAUUGCGACAGGCGCUUUGGAGUUUGCUAUCAAAAUACCCACUCCUUACGAGGCUUACAACAGAGGGAGUUCCGGCGUCAGAAGGGGAGUUGCACUUGUGGAUAUUUUGUCUCUAGCUUACUGGGAACUACAAUC